UUUUAUAUAUGUUGGAUUGUGUUGAAAUCAGACAACUGAUUAUACUCAGUCCAUGCAAAUGGAAGAAACCCAUGUUUACUCAUUUCUAUGUCUUUCACUUGUUAUUCUUGCAGUUAAGUUGUCGCUACAAACUAGAAAAAAAUGUAGAAAUCUCCCUCCAAGCCCACCGGCUAUUCCAUUUAUUGGUCAUCUCCAUCUCCUCAGACAACCCAUCCAUCGACGUCUUGAAAACCUCUCAAAGAAAUAUGGCCCAAUCAUAUCUCUUCGACUGGGCCCUCGACCUGUGGUGGUUGUAUCAUCACCGUCAGCUGUUGAAGAAUGCUUCACCAAGAAUGACGUAGUUUUUGCCAAUCGUCCUCAGUUCUUAGCUGGCAAGUAUUUGCACUACAACAACACCACCCUCGCUUCAGCCAGCUAUGGCGAUCAUUGGCGCAACCUUCGCCGCAUUUGCGCAAUUGAAAUCUUCUCUUCGUCUCGCCUCAACGCAUUUCUGGCCAUCAGAAAGGACGAAAUCAGGCGAUUGCUGUGCAGACUCCAUCGAGAUUCUAGCGAUGGUUUUGCUAAGGUAGAACUAAGGUCCAUGUUUAUGGACUUCACGUUUAAUAUAGUAAUGAGAAUGAUUGCAGGGAAGCGAUAUUAUGGUGAAGAUGUGAAAUUAGUUGAGGAGGCAACCAAGUUUAAGGAGACAUUACAAGGGUAUGCUGCCCUUAGUGAGUUGACAAAUCUUGGGGACGUGUUCCCAAUUUUUCAAUCUGUUGAUUAUAAUGGAUUUAUCAAGAGGUGUACUGGGCUCAGUAACAGGAUGGAUCUGAUCUUGCAAGGACUGAUUGAUGAACUUCGACGAGAAAAGAACGGAAACACAAUGAUAAAUCAUUUACUUACUUUGCAGGAAUCUGAACCCGAAUACUAUACAGAAGAAAUAAUAAAAGGACUUAUUCUGAUAAUGUUGCUUGCUGGGACAAAAACACUUGUUACAUCUAUAGAAUGGGGAGUCUGUAAUCUGUUCAACCAUCCAGAUGUGGUAAAGAAAGCCAGAGAAGAAUUGGAUACUCAAAUUGGCCAUGAACGUUUAAUAGAUGAAUCAGAUUUUUCAAAACUUCACUACCUUCAGAGCAUCAUCCUUGAGAACUUACGACUAUAUCCAGUUGUACCACUCUUAGCACCGCAUAUGUCAUCUGCAGAUUGUGAAGUUGGAGGCUAUGAUGUGCCAGCUGGUACAAUUUUACUUGUGAAUGCCUGGGCCAUUCAUAGAGAUCCCCAGAUAUGGGAGGACCCAGAAAGUUUUAAGCCUGAGAGAUUUGAGAAUUGGAAAUCCGAAGCAUAUAAGCACUUGCCAUUUGGAGUGGGAAGGAGAGCUUGUCCUGGGGAGGUCUUGGCACACAAAAUAAUGGCCCUGACCUUGGGCUCGCUGAUUCAGUGCUUCGACUGGGAGGGAGUUGGUGGAAAGGAAAUCGACAUGACUGAAAAGAUGGUCAAUCUCAUGAGCAGAGCCGAGCCAUUGGAGGUCAUGUGUAAAGCUCGUCCAAACUUGAACAACAUUCUGUCUUAAGCUACCUGGGAUUACCAGAAUGUAUCCAUCAAAAUAAAUUAAUAAAUACAUCAAGAAUGCUCCUUUUCUCCUA